UCAUCAUUUAACCGGCAAUAAAGCAACACUCAACAUGCAAAUGAAAUGCAAUACCAGCAGGAAACCAAGCACUCAGUGCAACAGACCACUGCAGAGAGUGACACACAUACACAUCAACAAUUCGAAAGACUGCCAGGAACCUUCAGCCAUAAGAAUGAUGAUGAACCACACCAACCAAACGGAGGACGACCUCUUCUCCUGCUACAGUCCUUCAGUUGUUGGCUACCGCUACUUUGCUGUGCUGUGGGGAUGUGCUGUGACCAUCAUAGGUACGGUGGGGAACCUGAUGACCAUUCUAGCCUUCGCCAUAGAUCCUCAUUUGAGGACGCGCUUCAAUGUGCUCAUCGUCAACCUGGCUCUAGCUGAUCUCCUGUACUGCACCAUACUGCAGCCCAUCUCAGUUGACUCCUAUCUACACCUCAGAUGGCGCACUGGUCAGCUGUGGUGCAGAAUAUUCGGCCUGCUCCUCUUCCUCUCCAACUCUGUCUCCAUUAUCACCCUCUGUCUGAUAGCAGGAGGCAGAUAUCUACUGGUCGCUAAGAGAGCUGUUUUUGACCGUGUCUUUUCUGACCGUGGUCUUAUUUUACUCCUCAUCUCAGCUUGGGCAAUUGGCCUGGCCAGCUUUGGCCCACUAUGGCCUGUUUAUGUAUUUGUGCCACAGGUAUGCACAUGCAGCUUCCAUCGAACCAGGGGUCGCCCCUACAGCACCAUCCUGCUGUUUUUCUUCUUUUUUGUCGGUCUGGGAUGUGUUGGCGCAUUCUACUUCCUCAUCUACAGACGUGUCCGGAUUGCAUCAAAAGCUCUACUCCGCUAUAGGUUCAGCCGCCGAUCUUCCAGGAAGAAACCGGCUUCUUCAGCACAAGGAACAGACGACAGCGGUGUUGAGAGCGGUACGGGCAACACAUGUAGCUGUGAGAUGAGCAGCCAGGCUGAUCUAACCCAAAGAAAGGAUGAGAGCACAUGUGAAAAGAGCUUUGCCAAGGCUCCAAAUUCAUCAGCAGCCAACAAGACUACCCCUGAUAUCGUCUCUACAUCACCUUUAUCCACACCUGUUCCGACAGGUGCAGCAUCCUCCUCUCACUCAGCAACUACAGGGGAUGAUGGUGAAUUUAAGCGUGUCACACGCAUGUGCUUCACUGUUUUUCUGUGUUUUGUGUGCUGCUUUGUCCCCUUCCUGUUGCUCAACAUAGUUGACAAACAUGGUCGUGCCCCACAGGUUCUGCACAUGUUCACUGCAAACCUCACCUGGCUCAACAGCUGUAUCAACCCUGUGCUCUAUGUUGUCAUGAACAGACAGUUUCGACAGGCCUACCGUGUGCUGCUCACAAAGGCUGCAGCACCGUUCACCUGCCUGUGGACCUGGUGGUGAACACCAUUAUCCUGAACUUGAUUGUUUUAGCUGAUAUUACCCCAGUAGAACAUUAUUCUCGUGAAACAGUAGUGCAGCUUACAUGAAGCUACUAUUAACUUUUAAGUUAACAAAAGAAGGGGAAGAAUUACUCUCAUACAGUGUAAAAAAGCAAAGGUUGAAUAUGAUGAACCAAAUUGCAUUUAUGUGGCAUAACUAACAUUUCAGACUGCUGCAUUUCCUUUUACAACAUUCAUGUUGUAUUCUGUCUUUUGCUUUAAUAGUAUUUAAAAGAUUAUAUUAUCUGUUUAUAUUAUGUAUCACGUAAUAAAUUCUAUUUUUUGUAAAAAUGUGUUCAGAAUUCUGAGCAACAAUUAGCCCAUACACCACCACUUUUCUAGCUUUUACAUCAUAUGGGAAAACACCAAUGUUACAAAAUUGGGAUAUUCCUGUGUCAAUCACACAUUUUUUUAGAAAUUCAGGAACUUACAACUUUAACCUCUGACGUAUGUCUCUCAUGAUCGUGCAAGACUAAUGAGUAAAGAGGUUCACGUGACCUGGCCUUUAUUUGACAUGUGAGUGGGGUAAUACUAACAGUGACACUAACCAUUAAAAGGAGUGAUUGAGGACCAGCCCUGGAGGUAAUACUUCUUAUAAUAGACUAGUGGUUGGCGGGAUAAAAAAAAUGCAAACACACAGCUGCCUACACAUGCCACUGUUUUAAACCACACUCAACCUUCACAGCAGCACUAUAUUGAGUGGUGUGCACCACUAACACCUGGCCUCUGGACUCACUUCCACUUUGACCUUUUGUGGGCAACCAAUAAGAUUAAAGCUGCCCAUGUGUAAUGACAGGAAAGUAGAAACACACAACACAUGGAUACAACACAUCA